AUGUAUGGAGACAACUAUGGUGUGGCUGGAGCCGUCAUCAUUGCGUCGGAGUGGAGUUGCCGUAGCAGCCCUGACGGGGCGCAGGAGGAGGGCGGUGGCGAUGGAGAUGGACUUGGUGACGGGGCAGACCGGGGCUUGGACGGCGACCCUGAAGGGGUGUGGAGUCCUGACAUCGAGCAGAGCUUUCAGGAAGCUCUGGCCAUCUACCCUCCUUGCGGCAGGAGGAAGAUUAUACUUUCAGAUGAGGGCAAGAUGUAUGGUCGAAAUGAGCUAAUAGCUCGCUAUAUUAAGCUACGGACAGGAAAGACACGCACACGCAAACAGGUGUCUAGUCACAUUCAGGUUCUGGCCCGCAAGAGGGUGCGUGAAUACCAGGCGAGCAUCAAGGUCUCUAGUCACCUGCAGGUCUUGGCCAAACGAAAGUCUCGUGAGAUUCACUCAAAGCUGAAGGCCAUGAACUUGGACCAGGUUUCCAAAGACAAAGCACUACAGACAGUGGCCAACCUUUCAUCAGCUCAGAUUGUGUCUGCAAGUGUGAUGAAAAGCCAAGCUUCUUUCCCUCCACCAGUCAGGUUUUGGCCGGGCCAUGUGCCAGGACAGCCUGGACAUUCUCAGGACAUCAAGCCCUUUGCACAGCCCCCAUACACAACACUAGCAGCUCCUGUUCCUGCACCCAUCAUGAUAACGCUUUGGAAUGUUGAGUUUGUAUGUCUGGAUUUGUCCAGUUGGAACAACAACGAUUUUAUUCAUGUUCAGGACCAGGUUUCCAAAGACAAAGCACUACAGACAGUGGCCAACCUUUCAUCAGCUCAGAUUGUGUCUGCAAGUGUGAUGAAAAGCCAAGCUUCUUUCCCUCCACCAGUCAGGUUUUGGCCGGGCCAUGUGCCAGGACAGCCUGGACAUUCUCAGGACAUCAAGCCCUUUGCACAGCCCCCAUACACAACACUAGCAGCUCCUGUUCCUGCACCCAUCAGCUAUGAGUCCCUAGCUCCCCCUCGCCCGGCAGCAAUCGCAGCGCCUGUGUGGCAGGACAGAACCAUCGCCUCAGCAAAACUACGGCUUCUGGAGUACUCUGCUUUUAUGGAGACUCAGAAAGACAGAGAGAUGUAUAAGCAUCUGUUUGUGCAUAUUGGCCCAUCCAACCCCAGCUACAGUGACCCGGUGCUGGAGUCCAUAGACGUCAGACAGAUUUAUGACAAGUUCUCCGAGAAGAAAGGAGGUCUCAAAGAGCUGUAUGAGAACGGGCCCCACAAUGCUUUCUUUCUUGUCAAGUUCUGGGCAGAUCUGAACAGUGAUCUUGAGGAAGGUUCCAGUGCAUUCUACGGUGUGAGUAGCCAGUACAGUGGAACGGAGAAUAUCACGAUCAGCGUCUCAACAAAGGUCUGCUCCUUUGGCAAGCAAGUGGUGGAGAAAGUCGAGACAGAGUACGCGCACUCAGAGGGAGGAAAACACGUGUUCCGUAUCCAUCGCUCUCCUAUGUGUGAAUAUAUGAUCAACUUCAUCCACAAACUCAAACAUCUACCAGAGAAAUAUAUGAUGAAUAGCGUGUUGGAGAACUUCACUAUACUACAGGUGGUGUCCAACAGAGAAACUCAGGAGACUCUGUUGUGUAUCGCGUUUGUGUUUGAAGUGUCCACCAGUGAACACGGAGCACAGUACCACGUUUACCGACUAGUUAACGAUUAGCACGUAUCAGACACGCAAAGACUGUCCAUGACUAUCUGACCUACAGUCAGUCAUUUCCAGCCCUCUCAUUCAGAUUGACACCAACACACAAACCACGUAUGCCUUACCAUCAUGGCCCCAUCCCGAUAUUUGAAACACUAAAGUGGGACACACGUGUCAUGUUUUCGAGAGUGUAAAUAAUCCAUCCGUGUUCUGUUGCCGAAGUAUAACAUGCCUCCAAAGGAAAAGCUCUGAAGCAUUUGAAUUGUUUAACAGUGAGUUUGUCUCAGUGUGGUGAUGCAUAAGAGGUCAGCCCCAUCAUUCCCAGCGAAAUCAAUGUAUCAUUGACAGCAGUGACUUUGAAUAUACAGUAAAUAAGUACACAGCACAGUUCAUAUAUUUUAAGAGGGGGAGUAGAAAUAGUUGUGAUAAUGAGGUUGCACAAGUGUGCGCACCCUCUUAAACUGGGAUUUGGCAGUGUUCACAAUUACGCAAUCACAUUCAGACUUGUCAAAUGGGAGUCAGCACACAUCUGCAACCAUGUUGACUGCUUCUCAUGACCCCAAAUAAAGUUCAGAUAUUCUAGUAGGCUUUUCCUGACAUUUGUUUGCUUUCAUGCAGAUAGCCUGAUGGAUUUGUGCUAACACUGACUGGUGUUUUUAAAGUGUUCAUAAUUAAAACAAAAUCAGCCCCAAAGUUGCCAGUAUCAUGUGUGACUGUAACUAUGGUUUUCCUUUGGUUACAAUCAGUGUUGCUUGCUCCAAACAACUUGAGGAAUUUUAGCCAAUUUUGAAUUUACUGGACCAUAACAAAUUUUCCCCUCAUGAGCGUGAUUGUUUUGGGAUGUAGCUGGGCUUGAAUAAAGCUUGGAUUUUGCCAACCUUCCCCAUUACCCUGACAUAUGAGGAAGACGGGAUACUGAGAAUUUAUUGGACUGCCAGUACUUGCCAGUAAUUCUUGCAGUUCCUUCAAUGUUGCUGUUGGCUUCUUGGCAGCCCCCAUGACCAGUUUUCUUCUUGUCUUUUCAACAAUUUGGAUGAAUGUGCAGUUCUUGGUACUGGAACCGGUGUGGCAAAUGUUCUCCACUUGAUGAUGACUGUUUGUUGUGUUCCACGGCAUAGUGAAUUCCUCGGAAUGUACGAUACACCCAUCUUUUGACUUUCUACCUUUUGAACAAUGAGAUCACACUGAUGCAGUGGGAACGCUCAACAGACCAUACCUCAUGCCUUCAAAAAUGUCAGGAUAAAGCCGAGGAGAACAUCUGAAUUUUAUAUGGGGUUAAUCAGAGGCACAUUCUGUGGCAGGUGUGGUGCUAACUCUUAACAGGUGUUUGAAUGUUUGGGCUAUUAUGAACACAGCCACAUCCCUAGUUAUUCGGGUGUGCACGCUUGACACAAUAACCACAUUAUCUCAUUUGUUCAUUUUUGCUUCUCAAAUACUUAAUUUAUUCAAUCCACACUACAGAAGAAAAAAGAAUGGGAUUAGACACUCGUCACAAGAUCCAGUUGAAUUUAAUGUUCUCUCUUUUCCAAUUUCUUUGAACUCCCUCAGUUAUAAGAUGUCCAUUUCAAGGCGUUCUGUACAUCAUUCAAGGUACAAAGUAGACCGAGGCAGAAAUGUAAGACUUUUCGCUCAAUUCUCUUGUGACUCUUGUUUGAUUUCAAUUUGAGUUUUCAGGUUAUAGUUUACGUUAAUGGUGUAAAAAGUUUGAAAUAAUUUGUCAGAAAUUGUUGUUGUUGUUUUUAAACUGUAUAUCACAAAAACCUGUCAUUUGCACAGGGGUGUGUAGGCUAAUAUCCACUAUACAAUGAUUUUGGAUUUUCUAUUUCAUCACUGAUAUCCUAUCUAUCACAAUAACCGUAUUCAGCUGUCCUGUGUCGAAUGACAUUUUCUGAGUCAGUCAAAUCAACACAAGUUCCAAUGACAACACAUGAACAGAUGGGAAAACAUAUCUUGAAUGAAACAAAGUGUGAAAAGUUGUUUUGCUUCGCAGUUGAGUGGGAGUAAGAAAAGAUCAAAUCUUCAGUAAGCAAGCGUUAAUGAUCGCUUCAGUCAUUGCCAACAAACGAAGUCACACAAAGGCGUCGGCGUUCUGAAAGGAAGAUAAAUUCCCUGGACUGUUUAGUUGCCUUUGCUGCAUAUUUCUACCUCUGUGUGAGUUGGGAUUCAAAAUGUUGCUUUCAUAAAGCCCUGACCUGAGGAGCACUGACGUAUAGGACGUGUGCACACUACAUUUUUAAUGGUACGUUUUAUAAGCCAAAAUUAGCUCAUUAUACUCUUUUUAUUUUUGUUUUUGUAAAAGCAAAUGUUUUUACCAGUACAGCUAGCGCUAGUAUUUUAUUUUUUAAUUUUUGGCCAGCAUGCGGUCCAUGCUGCUGUCACCCGCAGGUCACUGGGGUUAAGUCCUCCGAACUGACACUUGUUUUGCUCUGUGGAAUGUUUUUGACUCUGUACAUUUAACCAUAACUAAGCAACACCUGUUAGUCGUCUUGUCAUACCCUCAUCUACCAGCAAGAUUAUCAAUCAUGUGGAUGAUGACAAGAAUGUGUUUUGGUUUUGUUGUAGUUGUUGUUUUUUGUUUUUGUUUCCCCCCCAUCAUGAAAGUUUGAGCCGACACGUUCACUUGUAUCGCAUUCACUGUGUGGAACCACGUUCUGCAGUUUUUUGUUUUGUUUUGGGGGGGGGGGUUGCGCAUAUUCCUUCUGUCGGUGUAUUCACAUCUGCUCAGUACGUUGAAUGUGUGCCUUUUAGGCUAUGCCAAUAAAAUCACUCACGGUGUUUGCAGGAC